AUGAAAAAAUCGUGUUUUGACCAUGUUUCUAUGACGAUCAACCCACCAUCAGUUUUGUCGCCAGAUAAUGCAAUACCAGACAUGGACAUUCCAGUGAUUCCCUUAGAAAUCAGACAGUUGAAUCCCAUAAUUAUCACUCUAAAGAAGUAUUCUUUGAGCCUCUUUUUUUUCAACCAGACAUUACAAUGGUCUCCAACUGGUCAUUUAAAACUGACAUUACAAAAACCUCCCAUAAAUCUACGUUUAAUGUUUAGCAGGACUUUUACUUUGAACUUACUUUUACAGUUGUUCUAUGAUUCAAAAGGUCUGGUCAUAUGCAAAUUAAAUGAAGGCAAUUUAUCUAAUAAGAAAGUGGUUGGUGUUUUUUUUGUUUUGGCCAUGAUUGGUCUACCACCGUUUCGCCUUCGUUUCUGUGUUUACCGCAUACUACUGAAAUCAAAUAGAGUGCUAUAG